UACUUUGCUGAUUAUGUUAGUCAGUGAUCUGAUAAGUUAUUAAAAUGAAGCAAAUCCUUCUAAUCUCUUUGGUGGUGAUUCUUGCCGUGUUUGCCUUCAAUGUUGCUGAGGGCUGUGAUGCAACAUGCCAAUUUCGUAAAGCCAUAGAAGACUGCAAGAAGAAGGCGGAUAAUAGCGAUGUUUUGCAGACUUCUGUACAAACAACUGCAACAUUCACAUCAAUGGAUACAUCCCAACUACCUGGAAAUAAUGUCUUCAAAGCAUGCAUGAAGGAGAAGGCUAAGGAAUUUAGGGCAGGAAAGUAAGAGAUUGAGGAAAAUUGUAGCCGAGGAGAGAAGGAAGGAAAGUCCCAUAUUUUGUUUGUUAAUUGUAACGAAUAUUCCGAAAAAUUAAAAUAUUAUGCACUCGA